AUGAUCAGCAUCGAAGCACCGGACCUCUGCGCAGGAGAGGGAGGUGAGCGCCACAACUCGCCUCCCUCGGUGUUCCAGGGCAUCGACUAUCUAUUCACGAUAUCUGUCUCCGCUCCACGUAACGUUACCAUAGCCGAUAAGUCCAAGCACGCUAAACUCACAGCAAGUCGGCCGCAAUCUAUACAGAAACUCCUCGUGAGUGAAGGGGGGGCCCCACAGCCCGGCCCGCGCGCUAUCAGCGAUCUCCUUCCUUCGUGGUCGUCCGGUGGCCGUCCUCCUCGUCCCCGUCGUCUGAUCAGAAAUUGUCUACGACAAGGGACCACCCAGGCCACCAGACAGCCAGACAGCCAGCCAGUCCCGUCCAAGCACGGACCGCAGCUCCCACGCACAGUCGCAGCCCCUCGGCGCACUAGGCCCUUUCCAUGCUCCGUGGACGAUCAUUUGCUCACGCGUGAGCGUCAUGCGCCCCCUUUGGCGAUGACGAUCUCAAUCGUAAUCUGCGCACGACACGACACCAUUUGCGGCAGCGCGCGCAGCACACCUGGACAACGAGACGAGACGAAGGACAACGCGUCCGAUGAAAUAAACAGAUACGUUACACGUGGUUCGACGACGAGGUCAGGUAUAGCAACACAGCACGGGAUAUCUAAAUGUAUGUGGAGAGGCACGGCGGGGAAUCGAGAAGACUGCGAGGGAAAAAAAGAAGACUCGACGACGAUCGCUAGACACGGGGGCAAUGACCAAAAGAAACAGAGACAAACAAAACAGAGCAAAAUAGUGAUUGAAAAAAAAAAAAAGAAAGGAACACAUAAAUGGGAGGGAGAGAAAGAAAAGAGGGACAGCGCUGGGACGGAGGAAACCCAAAGGGGGACACUUGCGCGAUGCCGCGGCACACGAGCGACCGCGCAGCCGCGGACAGAGGAGAGAUACGUACAUGUGAAUAAAGAGUAA